CGUCCCGUCGACUGUCAAGUGAAUCAAAUAAAAUGUCAAUUUGCUUUGUAGUGUCGCAUUCGCGUUAAAUGUAAUAUCAUUAAGAAUUAAAGUUAUUGUAUAGUAUAAUGUGUGACAAUGGCCUCUGUAAAAGUGGCUGUAAGGGUGCGCCCAUUCAAUCAAAGAGAGAAGGACAUGAACGCCAAGUUGAUUGUCCAAAUGGAUGGGAAGAAAACAAGACUGCUCACUGCAAAAAAUAGCAAAGAACAAAACGAUGGAACCCGGGAGAAGUCUAAGGAUUUCACCUUCGACCACUCGUACUGGUCAUUCGACAGCGGUGACAAACACUUCGCGACACAGGACCAGGUGUUCGCCGACCUUGGUCUCGAUGUGAUCGACAGCGCUUUCGAAGGCUACAAUGCGUGCGUAUUUGCUUACGGGCAGACUGGAAGCGGGAAGACGUUCACCAUGAUGGGUAGCGGGUCAGCGGAAUCACAGGGACUUAUUCCGCGGAUAUGUCGCCAACUUUUCUCGCGAGUGGCGGCGGGAAAGGAGUCCGGCGCUUCGUAUCGCACGGAGGUCAGCUACCUCGAGAUAUACAACGAGAGGGUGAAGGACUUGCUGGCCACCGACGCCGGCCACUCGCUGAGAGUCCGAGAACAUCCUAAAUUGGGGCCUUAUGUCCAAGACCUGUCCAAGCAUCUAGUCUCGGAUUAUGAUGACAUACAAGAAUGCAUGCACCGCGGCAAUCUCCACCGAACCACCGCAUCAACUCAAAUGAACGAUGUAUCGUCCCGGUCGCACGCCAUUUUUACCAUCACCUUCGUGCAGGCGAGCUACUUGCGUCACAAUAACAUGCCUAGCGAAACUGUGUCCAAGGUUCACCUCGUCGAUCUCGCUGGCAGUGAGCGAGCUGAUGCCACUGGAGCCACUGGUCAGAGAUUAGUCGAAGGGGCGCAUAUCAACAAGUCACUCGUGACAUUAGGCUCAGUCAUAUCCGCACUUGCUGAGGCCACUAACCAACCAGUUGAUAGUCGUACGCCAAAAAGCAAAAAAGUGUUUAUUCCAUAUCGAGAUUCGGUGUUGACAUGGUUACUAAAAGAUUCACUUGGAGGAAACUCUAAGACUAUUAUGAUUGCUGCGAUAUCGCCAGCGGAUUGCAAUUACGGUGAAACGUUAUCCACUCUCAGGUACGCUAACAGGGCAAAGAACAUCAUCAACAAGCCUACUAUCAACGAGGAUCCAAAUGUCAAACUCAUCAGAGAGUUGCGGGAGGAGAUCGAGAAACUGCGCAAGCAGAUAUCUCACAACACAGAUCCAAUCGAAAUGGAACCAGCUGUACUCGCGACUCUGCAACGCAAAGAGGCCCAAGAGAAAGUCUUAACGGAAAAGUGGACUGAGAAAUGGCGGGAAACGCAACAGAUCCUACAGGAACAGAAGGCGUUGGGUCUCAGAAAGAGCGGACUUGGAGUUGUUCUUGAUUCAGAUAUGCCGCAUCUUGUGGGCAUAGAUGAUAACCUGCUUUCAACAGGAGUCACGCUCUACCAUCUCAAGGAAGGUGAGACAGUGAUCGGCAGCGAGGAGUACUCGCCCACGCCGGACAUCGUGCUGUCGGGCGCCGGCGUGCUGCCACUGCACUGCCGCGUCACGCUGCAGGAGGGCGUGGCCACCAUCAGCCCCGCCCCCUCCGCGCAGUGCUGGCUCAACACCGUGCUACUCGACAAACCCGCCAAGCUCAGCCAGGGUUGCAUCCUACUCCUCGGCCGCACGAACAUGUUCCGCUACAACGACCCCGCAGAGGCCGCCAAGUUACGGCAGGAGGGCGCCUCGGUCAUGAACCUCUCCCGUCUAUCUCUGCUCUCCUGGUCCACCACCGACCUCGCAGCGAGCAACGAGAACCUUAAUACCGCGCUCUCUGAUUUAGAAAGUGAGAUCCGGUGCGAGCGUAUCGAAGCGCAGCGCGCUGAGCUGGAGCGAGAGCGCCAACAGUUCGAGCUGCAGCAGGAGGAGCGGCAACGUCGCUGGCACGCUGAGCGGGAGCAACUGUUGCAGGCGCAGCGGCAACUCGAUGAGGAGCGGUCGGCGAUGGAGAAGGAGUACGCCGCUGCGUGUCGGCGGCUGUCGGGCGACUGGCGGGCGCUCGAGCGCGGCUGGACCCUGAGGAGACGCGCGCUGCGCUGUCGGCAGCGGGAGCUCAGCGCGCGCGCACACUCGCACGCGCGCGCCGCGCGGGCCGUCACCGACCAGAUUGUGAAGGAGGAACUGCAGAUAGCGGACCUGAGACGCCGGCAAGGGGGGGUCAAAGACCAGCUGCAGGAGUUUGUCAACACCAAGACUGAGGAACUCCUCGCGCAGGGGUACUACUUGGAUGAGAGCCUCACACCGAGUCCAGAAAGUCCUCCUUCAGAAACCUCCACAGAGAGCCUGAUGCAUCUCCUGCAGCAGUGCGAGCCCAACACUGCCAAGAGCAUCAAAGAGACCGUUGAAAGACACAAAAAAGAAUUGGAGAGCUUGGAGCAGGAGUUGCAAGGUCGAGUGGCGAGCGUGGCGGCGCACCGCGUCAAGGUGGAGCGGCUGCAGCAGGAGCUCGCGCUGCUGGCCGCCCGCGAGAGGGGCCUCACGCGCGCCCUGGCCGACGGGGGCAACCAUGGAGCAGAGUGCGGCGGCGACGCGGCCCCGGCGGCGGGCGUGCAGCGCAGCAAGUCGGAGCUCGUGCUGCGCGCGCGGCCCGCGCCCGACGCGCCGACGCCCGACGACGCCGCGCUGGCGGCCGACGAGCGCCUGCACUUCCGCGCCAAGCGCCUCAGUUUGAGCCUCAGCCUCGACCCGCUGCCGUCCCCGAACUCGACACUGAACACAUCCGACACUUUCCACACGGCGACGUCCUCGCCGAAACCGUUCCCAUCCGAGUCCUCCCUCCCCACUCCGUCCACUACCGAGGUCUCGGGUUUCGCUAGUGACGAACCCACUCCCCUCCCUCAGUUCAGACUGGGUCCGGCGCCUGAUGAUAGUGACGAUAUGUCGAGCACUGAAGAUUAUCACAAGCCGCGGAUAGUGGAGGGGCAGUCGUCUAGCUCGGUAGAGAGGUCGCCAGAGGAGAGACAUCAGAGGACGAAAUACAGGAGGAGAAUUAGUGACGGUAAGUCUCGUCGGCAAGUCACGGAAGCGGAGGCGCUCCGAGCGAUGCAGAGGCUCUGUUCCAGGAUCGCCUCGCAGAAGAUGCUCGUCAUAUCCUCGCUGGAAAAUGACUGUUCCAAGGAAGAGCUGAACAGACAGAUCGCAGUGCUUCAAGAACUUCAGAAAAAGUACGUCCGACUGGAGAUGGCUCUACAGUAUUCUUUCUUCGAUAACCAGCCCAACAAACGUACCAUAAUGGUGACUCCCAUCCAGGAGACCCCCUCCCUCACCCUCAGCGAGAGCGACAUGCAGGUGGCCAGCGAGCCCGCGUCCGACGCGCUGCAGAACGGGCGCUUCGAGGACCCGCUGCGGUGCAGAUUAAAAGAAACGGAAGUGGAGGCAUCCGACAACGUGUCGACGUCCAACGACGAGCUGCCGUCGGAGCCGGCGUGGCGCGACCCGCUGCGCGCGCUGGGGGCGUCGCCCGCCGCGCGCGAGCCGCCGCCCCGCGACCUCGCGCUGCCGCGCCCCGUCGCCGACUACGGCGUCGAGGGCCUCAUGCACCCCAUCGACUUCGCGGAGGUGGUGAGCGUGCCGGGCUGGGUGACGCGCGGCGCGGGCGCGCGCACGCACCACGAGUACGAGGUGCGGCUGCGCCUGCCGCACGCGCACACGGCGCUGCUGCGCCGCUACCGCCGCUUCCGCGACCUCUACCUCGCCGCGCGCGCGCUCUACGGGGAGAAGGUGGCAGCGAUACCUUUUCCCGGCCGCGCCCUCUGGUCUUCCGAAGCGUUGGCACGGUCUAGAAGACCACAGCUGGAGACGUUCCUCAGAAGACUGCUGACGGUCUGCUCGACGGACAGACGGUGUCCGCUGUACGCGUCGCCACUCACCCGGGAGUCGCUUGUCGCCUUCUCGCCCUUCUUCAGAAAGGGCGUGUUCGAGAGCGGCAAGUGCGGCACGGGAUGAUGGCGCGCGGAGCCGGUGACGCGCGCGCUGCGGCGCGACGCGCGGCGCCUGGCGCGCCUGCUGCUCUCCGCGCUGCUGCUGCUGCUGCGCUGCGCCGCGCUGCUCGUGCUGCUGCUGCUGCUCUUCCUCGCCAAGCGGCGCAGGUAGGCCGCUCCCACAUACUCGUACUGACGCGGGACCCUUCUCCGAUGACGCGACGGUUAGUUCGAUGUGUACCUGAAUGAUUAUACAAUUUUAAACGAGAAGUCGUUACCUGCUGUAUUCUAUUUUUGAAAGUGUCGUUGACGGAAUUUUUUUUAGUAGCUUAAUUUAUUAAUCAACGCCAGACAUUCGAUUGAUUGUUAUAAAAAUGCAGUCACAUUUACCACUUGAUGGGAUGUGAUUUCAAAUUGAGUAUCGGAUCGAUAUAUUUUUUUACCGAGGUAUAAUAAGACGAGCUCAGGAGAAAAAUUGUGAAUCCAUUGAAAAUAGUGGUCCUAUUCCUAUGCUACUAUAAAAGUCGUGAAUUAUCACAAUUUACGUUCAAGAAUUUACUUUCAUUCGACUUUGCAUUCUAAGUAAAAAUAAUUGUAUCAUAAAAUUAGAAUAUUUACAAAAAAUAAUAUUGAAUUUUACAUUAAAAAUAACUUACAAUUCUGCCCGAAUGUCUGGCGUCGGUUUAAUACGAACCGCAAGACAAAUAAUAGUAACGAGUGUAGGGGAAUGUAAGGGUAUAUAAUAUGUUCGUAAGAUACACGUAACUCACAUACGGGGUCAUAUAUCACAAACUAGUUUUAUUAUUCAAUAAACAGUCAUAUAAUAAGGUACAAAAUAUCAUGAUUAUAUAUUUAAUAGUCAAUAUUACUUAUAAGUAUAUAGAUAAAUACAUAUGUAUAUGUUGACCAAGAUAAUUGGAAACGAGAAUAUAAAAUUGGUUAUAUAAAAAAUCAGUACGGAUCUAUUCUCUCGCUGAGGCGCGCCACUCCACGUUAAAUUAAUAUAUUUUUUCCAAUUGGCAAUUUUUUUGCUGUCCGUACUCUUAGUCGUCACACGUACACUACACCUCGGAGACCACGUCUUGUAAUCACGAGCGUCACUCAAUGCACGAUCAUUUAACCGAUAAUUUAACGUGGCCGAGCGCACCUUCGUAAAUAAAUAGAUCUGUACCAUUUUCCUAUGAUUGUCAACAGAUUUAUUUAUUUCAUUUGAAACUAUUGACGAGGUAAAGCGUUAUAAAAAAUUUAGUAAAAAUAAGUUGUAAAUUUUCAAUAAUGGUCAAGUUAUGAGUAUAAAGAGAGAUUUAAUAAUAAACAAAAAAUGGUCAAUAAUUUCCGCCAUCUGAUGACGUCAUAGCACUUGAAUCAAAACAAUAACCCUUACCUGAGAUAUUAUUCUCGACAGUCAGGUAAAAAGUAUUUAAAUACAGUUACUAAUUAUCCUGGUUAAUAAAUAAGUUUAAGUAUGAAUAUAAUUAUAAAUCAAAACUACAAUGAUAUCUUUAUAUACAUACAAACAAACGUGUAAUAAACAUAAAAUUGAAAAAUGUAUCUUUCCAAUUAAUUUUAUCUUUGAAAUAGGCCAUAUGAUUUUCAAUAUUGAUCGUACAAAAACAGUUUACCAUAAAGAUAGUAGGUUAGAUUAGAUAAUUCCAUCGUUUAAUAAUAAAAUUGUAUUCUAUGACCCUCACAAUCCUGUGCCUUUUAAAAUGUUACAUUUAAUCUAAAAACCCUUUCUUCAGAUACAUGAGUGCUUGAAGUCUCCAUAUUUUUGUACCAAGUUCCCAAAACUUCUUAAUAGACAGCGAUGACACGUGACUACUUAUUGUUAGAACAAAUCAAUCCAUAUUUACACUAAAUUGAGAAGUAAUAGUCUGCAAAAUUGCUUCGUCAAAUUUAAGCGGGUCUAACACACACACAAACACAAGAUGUGACGUGUGACUUUUUUAAUAGUAAAAAGCUAUUAUUUUACCAAGCAAGUUUAUAUAAAAAAUAUCUUAAACUUGACUUGAAAAUGGUUGUAUUUUACAACUUACUAUUAUUCUCGUCCAGUUUUUCCAAGAUUGAUUCCAGGUGGUUACUUACUGCAAAAAUAAAUUCUUCGUUUGUACUGUCGUGUUAUCUUUUUAUUAAUUUCCAGCUAAUUUCAGUCCGCAAAUCGACUAUUUUGAUUGCGUUGAAAUUGUCCAUGUGUGAAAAGUCGCGUUUAUUAAUAAGAGGGAUAUAUAUCAUUGUUAUUAGUACGAGUAUGUUAGGUAGGUGUAUUGCAGCGCGAAGGGUGCCUUUUACUGUUAAACAUAAAUGUGGCCAGUUUAUAAGAAAACCACAUUGAGCCUCAUGUCAGUGGUUUUAGAGCAUCGAAGAUGUCUAUCGUUGAGUCUCCUUAAACUAAAAUUAAUUUUAGUCGAUAGGAGGUGGUGACUUGGGAAUAUUCAUAAAUUUUAGUUACGAAAAAUAAUGAUACAGGCUUUAUUCUCUAAUUUAUUUAAAAACUGACUUCUGCUCACAUUGUGUGGGUUCGUGUGGUUUUUUGAUAAACCUGGACACUUGACCAAGGGAUGUCCUUAACUGAUUUCCUUACUUUUACUUCUAGAUCAUUCCAAAUCCCUUACUGAACUUGUCUCAUAACGGGACUCCAAAAACUUCGACUUUGAUUAAAUAUAUAAAACUAUUGUAGCUUCUUAGCAAGCUAUCAAUUUAUCCAUAUCUCAUAUCAUAUAAAAUAACAUACUGUUCUCUCAGUAUGUUAUAUUAUAUUGGUAGACCUACCAGUUGAGCUACCAAAAGCCAUUGGAAUUGGCAGCUACUAAAUAUUUUUAAUUGUUGUCGAUUUUUUUGCACUCUGUGUUGACUGAAGGACUCGUUAUCCUUUUGUUCCUUCAGAUAUGAGAAAAAGCUACACAAUAUUACUAGUAAUGUAAUAUUUGUGUCGUUUACAAAUUGCGUACAAUAGAAGCGGCAACAUUUAUUAGUUUGAGUAGUUAGACCGAGAGGAAAUCAAGUGAAAUAAGCAAAUAGUUUUUCAUUUAAGUCCGGCAAGUUAGAAAAUUCAUUACGAGCCGCCGUUAAUGUCAUUUUCUACACAUUCGUCGUGACAUUUUGUAGUGUUUCAACACUACAAAAAUAAACAGAUGUCAUAGUUUUGUCACAGCGCAUUAUGGAUUUUAAAUAACCUUUAUGACCGUCGACACAAUAUACUUAUAUUUUUUGUUAAUAAGGGCAAAUAUACGAGACUGACAUUUUUAACUUAAGUUCUCAAUAGUUUAAAGUUACACGUCGUUCAUUUUCUCAGCGGCCUAACAUUAACCACAACUCUCCGCACACACAUAAACGGAAUUCUCUUAAUAAAAAGCAGUUAUUGUGACUGCCUUAUAUUAUUUUUAACUUGCGAUGCGAACCGUUUGAUGUUAUUUAUUGUGUAAAAGUAUAAAAUGAGUUUGUUUUCGUUGUACCAAACUAUUUGUUUUUUCUGCUCGGUCAACUACUUCAACGAUUGCGUGCGCUCGAAAUGAAUCUCUCAAUAAUUAUAAUUUGCAUUUCUUAUAAUUUAUUACUGCAUCGAGAACUCGAUUACAUUUUAUAUAAUCACGAAAUCCAAAAACAUGUAACAACAAAAAAAAAUGUUUCAAGAGAGACAAGCCGAAAAUGUGAGGUCGAAAUGACCAUAACUUUUUCGAUAUACAUAUGUUGGUGAUACCAUAGACACUUUACAUUACCAAUGCGCUUUUAUCAUUCCACUGGAACACUCAACAUAUACACUAGUUUUUGAUAAAUUGUUUUUUUUUUCUUCUUUUGGAUAUAAAAUGAAAGAAAAAAUUGAAGUCGAAAUCCAGUAUCGAGCUCGAUGUAUUCUUGUACAUUUCCUUUUAAAAGACAUUUACUUAUAAGUUAUACUUCGUUAGUACGCACAUUUAUUGUGUCUCUUGUUUAGGUCUCCGUGUUUUUUGUAUAUUUUGUACAUUUUUUUGCUUAAAAACAAUAUUGUUUUAUUACGUUGCAUUCAAUUGAGGACAAACCAUUUACUACGAUUGGAAAUAUAUUAUAAUGCCUGUGAUUAGGUUUAUUAUUUUAAUAAUAAGUAAAGCGCCCUAUAGCAGAGUAUAUCUAGCGUCACUAGCUCCAAAAAAUAUUUCUCUAGAAAUAGAGAAACAAGAAUCGUAAUGACAUUUAAUCUUAAGGCUCGUUAUUAACUAAAAAAAAACUGAAACGUCAGAUUAUAAUACAGAUAAUCUAACAUAAUAGAUAGAUCUAUUUAAAGUUGUUGAAAAAAAAUGUACUUAUAAGGCCUAGUGUAACUAGAGUUUAAAUUAUUAAAAAUGAAGUAACUUAUAAAAAUGUGUUUAUUCGAAUCUCCCUGAUUGUAUUUGAGACAACUUUACUAAAAAUAUAAAUCAAUUUUCAAAAAUAUCUUGUGAGAAUUUAUUUGUAAAGUAGUAUAAAAAAAAAAACUAAAUUUUAAUUUUAUUUCGACAUAA